AUGACAAACAGGCUAGAAGGCAAGGUUGCUGUAAUAACUGGUGGCGCCAGUGGCAUAGGGGAAACCUCGGCCAGGCUUUUCGUCAAACAUGGCGCUAAGGUUGUAAUUGCUGAUCUCCAAGAUAAACUAGGCCAGGCGGUGUGCGAAAGCAUAGGAUCUCCAGAAGUCAUUUCCUAUGUCCACUGCGACGUAACUAAUGACACCGAUGUACAAAAUGCAGUGGACACGGCUGUUUCCAAGUACGGUAAACUAGACAUAAUGUUUGGGAAUGCUGGUAUCCCCGGCAAGGGCGACACCUCAAUUUUGGCCACCGACUAUGAAGACUACAAGAAGGUUUUCGACGUUAAUGUUUUUGGCAUGUUUCUAUGCGCCAAACACGCUGCAAGGGUAAUGAUUCCAGCCAAGAAAGGGAGCAUUAUCUUUACUUCUAGUGUCGCCUCUGUGGUUUAUUGGGAUAUUCCUCAUGCUUAUGCUACAUCCAAAACUGCAGUAGUAGGGUUUACAAAGAAUUUGUGUGUUGAAUUGGGAAAGCAUGGAAUUAGAGUCAAUUGCAUUUCUCCCUUUGCUAUUGCUACACCAAUGAUGAUGACUGGGUUCAAAGACACAGGAAAGGAGAAGGUGGAGGAAUUGGUACAUGAAAUAGCAAAUUUGAAAGAGACAAUCCCAGAGACAAAUGACAUAGCUGAGGCUGCACUGUUCCUGGCCAGUGAUGGAUCCAAGUAUGUAAGUGGGCAGAAUCUAGUCAUUGAUGGGGGUUACAGCGUUACAAAUGUUGCUCUCAGAGAAGGCCUAAAGAAAAUGUUUUCUUGA